CCGGAACGCUUAGAACCGGGAGCCCCACCCCACCCGGCUGGGGGAGGGAAGAGAUACUGAGAUUGGACAGAAUCCGCGCCCGACCACCACCAGCCGAGCUCGAAGGAGGUCCUGCACCCGUGACUGGGAGACAGUCUUUGGAGGUCUCCGCUGAAGAGGGCAGAGGGUCCCUGAACACAGUGAAGUGAUGUCAGCGUGGUGCCCCCACCAUGGGCAAUGCGCAGGAGCGGCCCUCAGAAACCAUCGACCGGGAGCGGAAACGCCUGGUGGAGACGCUGCAGGCGGACUCGGGGCUGCUGCUGGAUGCGCUGCUGGCGCGGGGCGUGCUCACCGGGCCCGAGUACGAGGCGCUGGACGCGCUGCCGGAUGCCGAGCGCAGGGUGCGCCGCCUGCUGCUGCUGGUGCAGAGCAAGGGCGAGGCCGCCUGUCAGGAGCUGCUGCACUGCGCGCAGCGGACCACGCGGACGCCCGACCCCGCCUGGGACUGGCAGCACGUGGGCACGGGCUACCGGGAACGCAGCUACGACACUUCAUGCCCUGGCCACUGGACACCUGAGGCACCUGGCUUGAGAACCACUUGCCCCGAACUGCCCAGAGCUUCAGACUGCGACGAGGCUGGGGUUCCCGGGGGCUCAGAGGCAGUGCAAUCCGGAACGCCCGAGGAACUCAAUCCGGAGCUGGAAGCUGGGGCCUCUGAAGAGGCUGAGCUGGAUGUGGAACCAGAACCAGAGGCAGAGGCAGAACCCGAACCUGAACUGGAGCCGGAACCCGAACCCGAGCUGGAGCCUGAGCCCGAGCCCGAGCCCGAGCCGGAGCCCGACUUCGAGGCUGGUGAUGAAUCUGAAGAUUCCUGAAUGCCGGAGGAACACUGACUGGCCGCCCCUGACCAAGCCACGUAGGACCUGGGAUCCUGCCCUGACAUGUGUUGGGGGUUGCCACCAAGUCUCCACCUGACCCAGUACCACUAGAAGUGAAUAAACUCUAGAGGGUCAGC